CAGAGAAAGUCAAAGAUCUCAGCCUCCCGGAAGCUGAUGUUGAAGAGUCUAAUGGUGGCUAAGGCUAAAGAGGACCUGGAGCAGGAGAUCUUGGAUAAAGAGGAGGAGAAGCAGAGGUACCUGGCUGAAAGGGUUCCUCCUCUCAAGACGAGCGGCAUGUCCUUCACCGACCUGCAGAAACUGUGUGAAGAGCUCCAUGGGAAAAUAGAUGUUGUGGAUGAGGAACGCUACGACAUUGAGGCUAAGGUUAACCUUAACACCCGCGAGAUAAAGGACCUGAGCAUCAAGGUGCUGGACCUGAGGGGCAAGUUCAAGCGGCCCGCCCUGCGGAGGGUGCGGGUCUCUGCAGAUGCCAUCCUGCGCUCCCUCCUGGGCUCCAAACACAAGGUGUCCAUGGACCUGCGCGCUAAUCUGAAGAGCGUCAAGAAGGAGGAUACUGAGAAGAAGAGGCCGGUGGAGGAUAGUGACUGGCGUAAGAAUGUGGAGGCCAUGUCUGGAAUGGAGGGCAGGAAGAAGAUGUUCGAUGCAGCCAAGACCCCGGCCCAGUGAACCUGGCCAAGACUCAGGUCUUUCCCAGGCCUUGUCUAGGCCACCAAACGUUCAUCAAGUAUAACCAUAAAGGAGGCGUGUUCACCUCAGUUGCUGUGGACUUUCCUCCUACCAGCUCCAAUAGUUAUGCUAUUCAAAACUGCUGUCAGAUGCCCGUCAUCAUGAUUUUAUGUUAGAGAUGAUUACAUGCCAAUAAACAAUACU